AUGCUGCAAGAGUAUUCUGACACUGCAACCUCUCUUGGAAACGAAGAAACAUUCGUCAAGUAUGAAAUGACAGCCAACAAAGUCGACAAUGCUGUCUUUUCCAAUAGGCGAAAGAAGAGAAAGAAGUCAUCAGUCAAGAAGCUACAGAAAGGAAGGGCAACUGGACGAAUCCGCUUGAAGAAACUUCACCAACAUUUGGUAGCCAGUGAAGCCAGAUCUGCUGCAACCAUGUCCACCUUCAACAAGCCAAAGAUGGUUUCCUUCAUACGAAACUGGCAUCGCAAUACUCAGUACCUCCGUGGCCACAGCACUCGAAGUAUGAAGCCGUACAUGUCAACGCUGUCCACAAGAAGCACAGUCAGAUUGGUGGACGAAUACAAUUCUACAAGAAUUUGCUGCUCAUGUUUCAAGGCGACACAGAAACAACUGGUGCGUGGCUGGCUAAAACAAACUACCAUGAAUCGUGAUGAGCAAGGAGCGAGUAACAUUGCCCUCAUUGGUUUUUCGGCACUGGUCUCACUUGACAACAAGGUGUUGCCUCCUUUCAGUCGAGCUCAAAAUCCUGAUAAGUAA